ACCAUUUUCUUCUCUCUCCAGUCUCUUGUGCCUCUUUUAUUGAUGAUCACUGGCUAUUUAGGAAUUCUGUGGCAUCUGCUGAGGAAACGCAAGGAAAUGGAAGUCGCUAUGAUCGUCCCCGAACUGUCCAGGAGGCGGUUUGUGAAGUCCAGUGCCCUCGUCCUGACACUGUUGCUGCUGUUUCUCGUCUGCGUCAUCCCGAUCUGCAUUCACAACCUGUUCCUGGGCAACACAGAGGACACCAUCCGCAUUCCUGCUGGCAACAUCCUGUACAUGAUCUACUGGCUCCAAUACGCCAUCAACUUCAUCUUGUACACUGCCAUCAGUGCCAACUUCAGGAGUGCCUAUCGCCGUUUCUUCAGCCUCUUUUUCCCCUCCUGCCGUAGGGAAACGAGUAAUGUUUGUCAUGUGUUUAUAACGCAAAGGUGUAGUAGCGAUGCCUUCGUUGAGAACCAGCUAGUUGGUCCAGAAGGGGAUUCAAGGGAGACACAUAAAAGGUACUGAAUCUUGC